AAAAAUCAACCAAACCAAAAAGCAGCGACCGCGACGAAGCUUUAGCUGCAGAGCGCCCGACCAAACCUUUCGCGGCCAAAUUCCCCACCGGUCCUCCGAUCAAGCCGCGCUAGGCUAGGGUUUCCUCGCGCAGCGACGCGAUGCCGAAGAACAAGGGGAAGGGAGGCAAGAACCGGAAGCGGGGCAAGAACGAGGCGGACGACGAGAAGCGGGAGCUGGUGUUCAAGGAGGACGGGCAGGAGUACGCGCAGGUGACGCGGAUGCUGGGCAACGGCCGCUGCGAGGCGCUCUGCAUCGACGGCACCAAGCGCCUGUGCCACAUCCGGGGCAAGAUGCACAAGAAGGUGUGGAUCGCCGCCGGGGACAUCGUCCUCGUCGGCCUGCGCGAUUACCAGGACGACAAGGCCGACGUCAUCCUCAAGUACAUGAACGACGAGGCCCGCCUGCUCAAGGCCUACGGCGAGAUCCCCGACAACGUCAGGCUCAACGAGGGCGUCGUUGACGAGGAGGACGCCGGCGCGCAGGAUGACUAUAUACAGUUCGAGGACGAGGACAUCGACAAGAUCUGAUCAUCCGCCUCUUCCACGCACGGUCCCUUUCCAUCCUCUGCUGCCUCGGCCCGGCCAUGGUGGUAAACUAAACAAUAUCUGCGAUGGUACUCGUGGUGAUGGCACUGUGAAUUAUGCUGUGUGAUACGGGCGGUGAGUCCUGUGUACAAGGAUUUGGAGGCACUUGUUGUGCCCAAUAAUCGUGGGGAGUCCAUUUGGUGAUAUAGCAAGCAUGGGACUAAAACUGAACUGAUUCCUCUCCCUUUGUGUAAUAUGAUAUAUUUGGUUGGGCAUGAUCCGAUUUUGUUCUAAUGCCUUUUGCGUUCAUCUCA